UAGAAACAGUCAGCCAUGUUUUUACUUGUGGAUUUUGUGCAAUCGUGUGAGCUGUCGUGAACGUACUUUGUUCACUGCCCGCCAUCCUCUGUCCCUGGCACUGAUCUUCCGCUUGCCAAAUGUCGUCGCCUAUAGAACGCGAGAGGCGACAGAGCACUCUAUGGGCCAAGGUUCUCGUCACCGCUGUGUACUGACAUCCCCGGAAAAAAUCCUCGCUUCGGUGUUUGAGUGGUCGUCCUUCGACAUCUCGUACGCAGUCUUUCAGCGCUGUCACGUAUACGCAGUGAAUUGCGGACGUACGAAUAUGGAAAAGAAAACAAGAAGGUGUUCGUGUCGUCGUGGCCGCAACACCUUGUGAAGUGGAGUAGUGUUUGUUGUGUGUGCAGGGAGGGAAAACCGGGUUGUUUGUUCGUUGUUGCGGCGCAUCGCGCGUGUCACGACGUGACAGCAGCGUCGACGUGUUGAAGUGCGCCAUACUACUGAGCUGUGCAUUUUUUUCUUUUCGACGCAGUCGGACGACGCGAUCCCGGAGCUUAACCUCGACGUGAUUGGUGCUGCCGUCUCGCGAGACGGCAGCACCGUGUGACAUGUGAUUGUCGCCAUAUAUUUUUUUUUUCGUUGCGUUAAAGUGAUUGUGUUGCCAUCACCGUACUUCAAGAUCGCCCGCGGUUCGAGCCCGAAUUUCCGGCCUUUUUGAGACACAGUAGCUAAAUAAAUAACAAGGGGUACUGUGCGAGCUAACUUGCUGCAGGAAUCUGCGGCCAGAAUAUAACAGCUGUAGUGUCUUCAACUAAUGUUUCACUUAUAACUACCAAAGUCCAAAUGUAUUAUAGCUACGAUUGGCCCGAUGUCUCAGAACUGGUGCGAUACUAGAGACUACGAGGAUUCGGGAUUCGAUGAUGAUGGGAUGAUACCGCGUUCUUUUUUCUUGGAGGUUAGAACAGGCCUAGAAACUUUCGAGUAAGAGUGAACGGUUUCUUACUCAGGGUGCGCGCUCGAACCGCGGGCUCGCAUAAGACUCGAGCCUCGUACUCAGCAGCGUCGAUCGCUGCAUGGAUCGCCGAGAGUAGUCGGCGUUGCGGCAUCAUCUCUGUUCCCAGGACGCGACCUCUUCCUUCGUCGACCAGUGAGUGCAUCAAACAGUGCGCAAAGCAACGCCUAACAAUGGGCAACGUGUGCUUCGGCCACGUGCGAUCGAGGACGCCAGCACCACCGCCGCCAGCGCGCAUCGUGUGCCGGUCUCGUGCCAAGAAGAGCGCGGCGCCGGCGCCUCCUCGGAGCCUCGUGGGUGGCCCAUCGUCCUCGUCCAUCGGGGCCCAGCAGGCCCUGCGCGCGACGGGCAACGGGUCGGUGGUGAGCUGCCCGCCGGGCGCCACGGGUGCCGGCCGGGCGCUGAGCGACGACUGCGCCAUCGACGACCUGCUCGAAGGGCGCAUGGACCUGCGCCUCGUGCUGCCCGACGGACGCGAGGUGCACGUCAACGUCGAGCGGAGAACGCCUGUCAUGGACUUGCUCGUGCAGGUGGCCACUGCACACAAAAUCAAUCCUAGUGGUCAUCUUGUGCAAGCACCGAACGAGCGGGGAGACAUGCUCACGUGCAAGCCCAACACGGCCAUUGGCUCGCUUGACGUGAGCCACCUGAUGAUUGUGCCCAAAGGUGCCCCGGCCGUGUCCGGAAAAGUUGCCGAUCCUGCAUUCUGGCACAGGAAAGGCGUGAGGCCCCCUUCUAAGCCAUUCGAGCCCACACAACGCAUCCAGGUGCGCCUUCCCCGCCAGCAACUGAUGGUUCUGCGGUUGCCGCUGACAACAACGUUGGGGGAGCUCCGCCAGAAUGUCUGCACGGAGAAGAACCUGGAUCCCCAGGGGUACCAGCUGGUGCGGCCGGGCAUCCCCACUCGGCCCCUGGACCUCGGCUGUACCCUGCAGGAGUACGGAGCCUCCGAGGUUACCCUUCUUUCCAACCGCACGCUGGCAAACAACAUUCAAAACUCCACAGCAGACAUCAUGAGCUACUCUCUAAACCAGGAGAACAAGAGAGGAAGCCAGGUCUUCCCACAUCAUUCGGGUAGCAAAGGGAGCUUGACUGGCUCGAGUAGUGAUGGUGCCAGCAGCAGAGGAACGUCGCCCACGCGGAGUGAGCUACCGACCGUGUUUGCUCGGCCCACAAGCAAGAAGCGACCGGCGCCACCUCCCCCGCUGCCGGCAUCCCCGCCGCCCACCAUUCCCGAGCAGGAGGGUGACACCACCACGCUCCCAGCCAAAGGAGGCCGGCGCGAAGGUGCGGGCCACUCUCGUCAGAGCUCGGACUCCAGCGGUUACCACGAAGCGUCGGUGCUGAGUGACCUGCCAGACACGCCUUCACCUGAGGCAGUGCAGGGAAGGCCUAACUGCAAUUUGAGACAAGAGAGUCCAUCACGCACCACUGGGACGACAGCAGCAGUGCACCGACGAAGUGCACCAGUGGAGACUGGUAGUAGGGCAGUGCGGCCUCAGAGUACCAUCUCGGAGGCUGGAACCAUAGGACAUGCCAAGAAGCGUAAAGCACCUCCACCGCCUCCACUGGCACUGCACACGCCGGUUGCCACACAACCAGCACCAGAAACAACUAAGCCAACCAGCACACAACCCGCUGCCAACCCAGAUGUGUCGGAGAGACUUGCCGAGCCAUCCUCACCGGCAGUUGACGAGAAAGGUGAACAGCCAUCUUUCAGCGAGAUCACUCUCCUGCCCCCACCGUCACCUUUCUCGGCACCUCCAGCACAAAACCACCUGGCCACGGGGAACACUAACCAAGGCCCCACCCCCAAACCACGUCUUCUAACCAUUCCACUCUGGCAGCCUGCCCCAGAAGAUAACGGACCAAGCCAGUACGACGAAGCAGCCCUGAAGAAGCUGGUUUAUUCUCACAUUGACGCCACAUUCGAUUCAAUAGAAGAUCCCGAUUCACUGGCUGCUGACAAUUCAGCCUGUGUUUCUGACAGCGCUUCUUGGGAGUACACUAUUCCCGAGCCGCCAUCGCCAUUUCGAACAAGAGCGGGUGUUGCUGCUGAGCCAAGUGCAGCGUCACAAAGCUUAACAAAAACAGAGUCUCCUCAACCAGGAUCGCCGAAGAGUGACCUUUCAAGAGAUGACAGCGGACUUGUCGAGGAUCUGGGAAGUAGGAACAGCACUACCAGCGUGAACAUUGAAACGCAGAAUUUCAGCAGCGGUGCAACAGAUGAAAGUGUUCGUAAAUGUGAGAAGAAAGAUACUUCCACUUCAGUAUCGUCUGUGACGACCACAGUCCACGUUGAAUCAGUGGUGCUUCAAGAAACAGUGCUUUGUCAGGGUUCUGUAAAGGCACUUACGGAGGAGGCGGUCGAGGCAACAGAGAAAGAACACUCUGAACCUACCAAUGAAGGCAGCAGCUCAGAAACAUCAAGCUUGUCUGUUGUCACAUCAGAGGAGCCUGUACCGUCGCAGCUGAACGUCCUCGAUCAAGAUCAGGAGUCGGAUGAAAGUGCCUCGGCGAUCACAAAGCAGCCCAUUCCUCGCAGGGACAGUUUGCAAAUUUAUCGAUUGAAGGAAGUUAAGGUGUCCACGAGAGAAGCUGACACACAUGCUCCAGAGAAGCAUGAUGUGCCUGAGCCAGCAUUAGAAACAAGCACCUGUAAAAUGCAAGAGGAGCCGCCUAGCUCUGUACCUGAAGAAGAGGUCUUUGUUCAAACGGUCGUGGUCAAUCAGGGACAAAAAGGUCAAACUAAAAUGACUGUGCAAACACCUUCUUUGGAGUGCUCUAGUUCUGGUCCUUCCAAUGCCGAUGCGCCAAAAGGCAACUGCACGGUUGUAGGAAAUCUCGAAGGAAAGAGUCGUGAGACUUCACAGGCAAGCACUUUAGAUCGGCAGGAGCUUGUCAAGAUGAGUAGCUAUCCAAACGCUGCAGAAAAGACAGUUCAUCUUGAGGACAUUGUGUGGGAGGUGUCUGAUGGAGCUUCGCCAGAGGUCAAGGAAUCUGAGGCCUCUGCCCCCAAGGAAGAAACCAGGCCGAGCCAAAGGCAGGAUACCGAAAAAACAUCCCGACCUCGAAGUGUUGUUGGCGGCCCGAUCUCCUUCUCCAUUGGGUCGUUAGGGUCCUACAAGACCGAGGUGGUGGACGACAUUUAUAGCGGUCAUUCUAACAAGCCCAACUACGAGAGGUUCAAGAACAUCAAAGUAAUAUCGCCUAGCACUGCUAGCAGUGGUGCGCAGCGUGCAGCGACAUCUAAGGUGGCAGCUGGUCCGGUAGUGGGAUCUGCAACCUUAACGCGACCAGAUGGAAAGCAGGCAUCUGAGGGAGAAUCCACAUUUACAGUGAAAAUUGGCAGCUGGGAGAGUGACAAUCAGGGACUGAAGCAGAGCAGCAAGCAGUCGGUGUCCACGGCAGACCUCCGUCCGAGCCAGAGCAUUUCACAGGUGUCGAGGGAGGCUGGGCAGCUGCAGUUUGAAGAAGAGAAAGACAUCUUGCUGAACGAGUACGCGAGGCUUCAGGAACAGUUUGUGGCAUGGACGCAGCAACUCGAAUCAAACCAAAAUUUGCUUGAAGACAAGAAAAUAGUGCCAAGCACUGCAGCACCAUCAGCCGUUACAGCACCACCAGCUGUCAUGGCCUCGCAGCAGCCGCAAGCAUCCAGCUGCUCUACCGUGAAUGGCCAACACGAAGUUCGAGUUUCCACGUUGCCUCGAGUGAAACCGGUGCGGCCGUUGUCUCUCGUCGAGGAGCGUAGCCGAGCCUUCAAACAGCCUGGUUCGUCCGAACCCAUGACUGCACCCGUUGUGAGCUUCGGCACAUGGAAGGACCAGAGAGAAGAUCAGAGAGUCACGGCAUCUGUAAGCAGCAGUUUGAACCGCCAGAGGGCUGUUGGUGGCUUAGAAGGUGUAGAAGAGAAGACAAGCAAAGCAAACAAACAACCUGAGGGCUCUGUGAAGACAGUUGUAAAUUCAAGUGUAAAGCCUCAGGCAAAGCCCAAGCCUGACACAAGGAAGCCCACGGGAAUCCUGCACGCAGCACCUGUGGUGCGUGGAUUUUCUCCUGAAGCUAUCGAGAAGCUGUCACAAGAGGUUUCUCUUCAACAGAAGUUGCCGCAAUCUCAGGAUCAGGCCACACCGCACCAGGAAUUGCCAGUGGCUACAAGUGUCCAGCAACUGCAGUCUUCGAGGCCUUCCAGCAAGGGGAGGGUGACCGUGACCAGCCUGCACACCAGCUCGGAAAAUUCCACAAACAGUCAGCAGGGUAGCGUUGCAGACCGGCGUUCGCUUCCACCGUACCUCCAAAGUGAGAUUGUUCGCUUGGCAAAAAAACCAAGUGCGACCUCGGAACAGCACCUUCAAGCCACCGAGAACGCCAGUUGCAGCAACAACAAGCCAAGCAUAGUGCAGGCCACGCUAAAGUCUGGCGUCACCGUGGAACCUAUGGCUUCAGCUCACUCUGUGGUCAAAGUGAAUGGGCACGCCAGCGCUGUGGAGGUCAAGCAGGCACAGAGCAUGAAUCAACCAGAGCGCAGCAGUGUGGCGUCUGGAAAGCGACCAGUGUCUGAAUGUGAUGGACCUCGUAAGGUGACCGCUGGAGGCCAGUUGAGUUCACAGAGUGCGGCCAGGAAUCCGCAGCCUUCUGCGAUUGGCACCAGAGACAUCCUCAUGGAUGAAAUCCGCAACUUCGGUGGCAAGGGCUCCCUGAGAAAGGUUUCCACGGAGCCGGCCUGGCAGCUGAAUGUGUGUGGCCUGCGGUCAGCGUGAGAUGAGUCUGCGCAGUUUUCGAGUACCUUACAUCUGGUCGUAGCUUGCUUGUGCUAAGGCACUGUGGCCUCUGAGACUCUCGUAGCUAGUGUCCUAUGCACUGCAGCUUUCACCCGAGUGCCUUCAGUCACCCUAUUGUUGUGCACUGUUGCUUGAUUGCACGUUGUUGCGUGUGUGCCUUUGAUACAUGCGGGUCCAAAUAUUCUCGUGCACAAUUGUUGGCAUUGCACCUAAUUUCAUGUCCUCCUUCGCCGCCGCCUCAUGGUUCCCUUGUAGUCAGGCAUUGUUGUAGUCCUCUUGUUUACAGCUGGCACUGAGAGUUUUGUUUUUGUAUAUCGCCUUUCCUUCACGCGUGUGCUUGUGAGUGGGCCUAUCCAUCUCAGCAGGGCUGAGAGUAAUCGGUGCCUCAAUGUUUGUAUUUUAGCUACCGAGGAUCUGAAAGUUCGCGGUCUGCUGGUGCUUGAAACAGUGUCACGAGGCAGCAUAGUGGGGAGUCAGUGCCAUCGUUGUGAGGUCUGGGCCUCGUGCUGUUUCAUCGUUUUAUGUAAAUAGAUAUAUACAUGACUAGAAGAGAUGCCUAUAUCUGCGCCUUUUUUAGGGCUGACUGAAUUAGAUGCCGUGCUAUACUCAUGGCUACUUCAUUCCAGACAUAUUAUGUGAUGCUUCAGAGCCUAUGCAAACUGUGCUUCCUCAGCAUCUAGCGGUGCACUUUUCCCCCGAGAAAUGAUGGCUGAAGAAACUGUGAUGCUUUCUGAGGCCUUACGAUGUUUUAGAUGCUAUAAAGCCAUUUAGACGCAUGUUGUGCCACUAUGAUACAGGUAUAAUUUUCAAGUCUUCACCAGGGCUCUCUCACAUUGUAGAAAUUAUGGGAGAUGCAUUUUCCCAUUUUCCCUGCACAUUUGUGUGGGCAGCUAACUACCACUACACGUUGAAUGGAGUACGGUGAAAUGUGUCUAAGAUGUUGAAGGAAGACCACUUGGAUGCCAAGCUACAGUGAAAGCUUCUCGAUGAGCCACUCCUGAAAGAAUGGCAGCCCUGUCAAGGCUGCAUCCACUCGUAUCCUUAAAGUGAGAUUCCGUUGAGAUACAAUGGUGGACACGUCAUAUGCGAGAUUCUUGUGUACAUAGACUAGUUUUAUAUCUCGAGCAAGGCAGCUCACCUCUACCCUCAGAAAGCAGCCAGGUGAAGCCACCUGCUGAGGAAAAAAAGAGGCUUCAUGUUCCUUUUUUUUAUUUUAAUGCAGGGCUUGUUACUGACACCAAUAUAUCUGUAUUGCUCAAGAUACCUUUAGCCCAGAUGAUUUUACCCGAGGUGUCAUGCCAGAUGGCAUGAUGGCUAUAAUAUGUUGCGAAGAAAUUCAAGAUGCGCUUUAAUAAGUUCGGCAGGUUUAGCAUCCGUCAUGCACAGAUAGGCAUGUGAAGGACCUGAUUAGAUGACAGGCAGUCACUAAUUUUUUUUUUUAUCUGCUGGGAUGUUUUUUGGCAGUGUACAGUAUUUAUGUUUGAGAAAUCUGCUGUACAUGCGUGACAGUAUGUGCCGGUUGAUGGUUCGUUGAAGGAAUUAAAAAUGGUUAACACAA